CAGAUGUCGGAGAAGCAAACGCAACACCAGCGUCCACUUCUCCCUCCUGACAAAUGCAUGUUUGCUUUCUGAAACUGUCCGUGUGAUGCUUUACUGUACACUUUGAUGUCUGGCUGAAAAUAACUUGUUAGCACAAAAAGAAGCAGUAAUGCAAGCUAUCGGUAUAUCGAAGAGCGGGCUGUCUGGCUGAGUUUGUAUGCUAGCAUAGCUAAAGGUAACAUCACGCUAACGUUAACAUUUUGUAACUAUGUGGGGAGAAAUUGAACCAGCUGUCGAGAAAUGUAGUAGUGAGGCUGGACUAUCAUUAGCUCAAAGUAGCGCUUGCUCUCCUCCUGAUUUAAGAGGGUCGAGUAGUGGGAAUGAAGGCAGCCCAUCACCUAACAAGGCUCAAAGUCCUGCAAGGGGCGAACAUCCCAUAUAUUUCAGCGACAUGAUAGAGGCUGUAGCAAUCAGUGGCAGUCCGGUGAAAAGCCAGCAGAUCGGGGACCCUGACCUGACUCUGGAGGAGAGAGGACAGAUCUUGCUGGAGCUAUAUGAAGCCAAGCCCUUGGUUUUCCUGGAGCGCUACCAGGCUUACCUGAAACCGGAACACCUGGACGCCUUCUCUCACGUCAGCGGCGACUUCAGGGCUCAGCACUACUUCAAAGAGGUGCAGAGGCGAGCAGGCAGUCAAACUAACAAGACUAACGUUCGCAACCACCGGUAUGCAGCUCUAAGGGCAUUACAGAAAGAAGGUCAGUAUUUUAGCGAGGAGCAGAUGCGUAUUCGGGAACCGCUGCUGUAUGAGCAGUAUAUCGGCCAGUACCUGAGCGAGGAGGAGAUCUUUCAGCGCUCCCAGGAUGCAAUGCAAAGUGGACCAGGAGGCCUGUCCGACCUGCUCAUCGACUCCUACCAAGAGCGGGUCCUGCAGGCCCGUCUGCAAGAGCAACAGGAGGAGGAGGACUGUGCACAGGAGGAAGAAGAGGAAGAUGAGGAGGAUGGACAUGGCCGACGUGGAGAGCAGGAUUGGGAGCCUAACGAUCAGGAGAAGGCCCUCCUCAAGGAGGAGUUUGUCAGUCAGAUGCAGCAACGUUUCCUGGAUGGCAAAGACAAAGACUUCAACUACAGGCAGGUGGAUGACAACCCAGAUUAUGACAACUUGGACAUAGUGAAUCGGGAUGCAGAGGAUCGCUACUUUGAUGACGAUGAUGAGGAAGAGGAAGAUGAGACAGACAUGAUGAGCUGAAGUCCAGUGAUCAGUGUAUCAGGUUCUAGUCUGUCCUGAUCAUUAAUGUUCACAAAAAUAUACAAGUAAACAUGAAGAAAUAAAUAGCUAUUUUGUACAUAA